AUGCAAACAUCCUUCGCUCUGCCUCCUAUCUGGCAGAAUGAUGACGAGAUGUAUCGUCUCAUGCAAAGGAUCAAGCGCCCCCGCGAAAUAGACCCCACUGGCUUCGAACAGAAGAUUUCCUUCUGGUCUAAUCUCAUCGAAGACUACGCUAACUGCCACCGCGUUGUUGUGGUUUCGGAGAAUGCUUUAAAGAAACUUUUCUCGCGCACCUUCCCUCCGGAUGGGGCUGUCCUUUCACCUGACUGCUUGCAUCAAGUCCUCAACUAUAAGCUGGAAAACGGGACUUUGAAAAUUCCUGAAAUGGAUGGGCUCAUUUCAAAGUUGGCUGGCUUAAUCCCUGAUGCCGAUCUGAUACUUCCUAACGCGCUGCAGAAGUUUUCUGAAGAAUUUAGACGCAGCAUCGUGUCCGACUUGGAAUCAUUAUCGCCAGAGCACCUGGUGUAUAUCUACGAGGACUACGAAAAGGCCCUGUCUAAUUUUUUUACACACGAAUUGUCGCGCAGUUUUGUUGAGCAGACACUGCUUAAAGAAGGAUAUAUUAGGAUCGAGAGCUCGUCCGACAUUAAGGUAUUUUUCCUUAAAAUGUUGACCUUUAAUCCGUAUCUGCAACAUUGUAAUGUAUAUGCUGGUGCUUCUAAAAUUGAGACGCCCGUCAUACACCUUGCUUAG